AAGGCGGAGCCUGCCCGGGCAGGCUUCGAGGGGAGACGCAGAUCCCCCCGCCCCAGCCGCGGAGAGAGCCGUAGAAGUCAGGAUGAAGGUCGAGCAACCACCGGUCCUGUUGAUCCAGCCGAGCUCCCCCUCUUUCUAGAGGAGUAGUCCUCAGCAUGCUGGCCACCUACCGAGCUGUGUGGAGAUGAUUCGGUAUCAUGGAAUCCUAGAUGUUUCUGUGGUCUCUCUCCUGCUGCUCUUGUGUUUCUCCCACUCAGGGUUGUGCAAAAACUGCAACUUUACAUAUUCUCCUCUUGUUACCACGUCAACAUCAGAGAUCAUCAAAAACCUGAAAGAAUUUCUUCUCUUGGAUUACCCAGUAUCAGUGCCAUCUAACCUGAAAUCAGACAAAUUUUGUUUCGAACUUUGGCAACUUCAUUUCAUCUACAGGGAGCUGAGCCGCUUGAUACAGGUGGCUGGGUUUCAACUGAGACAAAACAUCUCACGUUUAGAGGAGAUCCUGAAUUUAAAGGAGUUGUUUCAAUUCUGUGAAAUAGAAAGUGACUGCGUUGACUUUGAGAGGACAAACAUCUCAGUGUUCCUGGACUCCAUUCAUUCAAACUUGAAGAAAAUGGCAGCCAAGUUGGAACCUGCUACAGAUCAAAACCCCACUGACUUUAGUAGUUGCACCUCAGUCCAGUGCCAAGCAGAUUCUCUGAGCACUCCGUACCCUGGGUACUCUUCACAAAUGCUGGAGAUCACCCAGACAUCCAGAUCAGCCAUCCUUCGAAGACAUCACUGGCUUCUGCUUCUGAUUCCCUUGUUGGUUUGCCUUUUCAGUGUUGUGAAAUGUUCAGGCAGGAUCCCAGUCCAGCCAUUGCCGCUUCAACUGUGAGUGAUUUGAAAAGAUGAACUUGUCCCAAAGCGAAAAGGACAGCAUCCUUCCAGUUGUGCCCCUUCAACAGCCGUGCGCUUCCUGCUUUCACUUCCCUCCUUGGAGGAUCGAAUUUGCAGACCUCAAAUGUAGGGAUGUCACCAAAUUUCGUGACUACGCCAUUUUGAUUUUAAAAAUCACAGCUUCUGACACGAAUUUUACCCACUCAGGACAAAUCUAUAGUCAUCUCUCUUUUUCUGCUGACCAGACUAAUGAUAUUCAGUAGAAUUCUUUCUGACGGAAUUCAUGCUCAAUUUUUGUGUUAGGUGGUGUAAAAAUGGUGUGAACGAUAAAAACAGUGCGAGAAUGCCACAUAAGCUAAAACAAAUUGGGAGCCACCAGCGUCAAAUAUGGAAGAAACCAAACAGUCUAACAGUGACAGCAUACAAGAACAAAAAGAAAUGAGGAAAGAGCGUGUGCUCCUGCUGAAAACCCAACUUGGAGAACAAGGAGAAACAGGACUCUGCGAAAUGUAUAUACAAGGGAGACACGGAUGCUUCAGUACCGCAUUGGGUCAGAGGAGGGUGCUGCAUCACAAUUUUUAUACUGAGAGCAACAGAUUUUUUAAAAU